AUGGAGGAGUCGUUUUAUGCCUUUUGCGAUUCUGUCAAGAAGGGUUCCACCACGUGCACUGACAAGACCCUGAAAAAGAUCUGCACUGAUUGCAAUAUCUACUGCAAAGGCAUGGAUCAAAAUCGUGUGGACAUUCAAUUUCGGAAGCAUCUUGGUGCAGGACGUCGCGAUGUCGACUUUGAGGGCUUUUGCGCCUUUUUGGAAGGCGAUUUGGCUGAUGCCUACAUGGAUGCCCGCCAUAUGGAUCAUGAUGCUGCGGUGGCAGAAUUACAAUCCAAAGUGGCCAAAGGUCAACCUAGCGCUCAUGGAGCCACCUCAGUGAGUAAGGAUAGUGCUACGGCUCGUCUGACCGAUCAUCGGGGCUACACAGGCUCGCACAAAGAGCGGUUCGAUCUGGAAAGUGGAAAAGGAAAGGGAAAAGAAGGUCGAGAGAACCUGCCAGAUAAGAAGGCUCAACAGGGCUACGUGGCAAAUUAUAAAAACCUAGAUAAAUAUGACCAAUUGCAUAAAAAUUAG